AUGUCCAGUGUCGUGGACGAUGCGACCAUGAUGAGCAACGGAUUGGCUAGUCGCCACAUCUCAAGUUUGCCCAGAGAAGUGCUUUCUAACAUCGCAGCAUGGGCUCUUCACGAUCGAUCGACUUGUCACCACUUGGCUGUUCAUUUUGCCAACCAAGCAUGUGCGGAGACCGAGGGCAACACUUCUAUCCAAUUUUCGGAGAAGAUCUAUGCUAAGCACGUUGAAUUCGAGGGUGUUCAGUACAUCGGCCAUCUGUGGAACACGCCUGGUGGCAACCGGGAUUUCCUUUUGUUUGACCCAAGUCUCUCAACAUCCAUCGACAGCUUGUACAUUGCGAGCGAUCACCUCGGUAUCCGGCGCUUGUUGUUCGCUGACUCGUCGAAACCAUGCGCGAUUGUUCAAGAAAUUGGCAUAUGGUGGAAAGCCGUGAAACUGGAAGACGUUGGUGGCCUCAUUCGGAUCCGCAGUGACGUGAGCUUCAGUGUACUGCAGCGAUUCUAG